UCAAUGUGCCAUAUUCCUAAUUUCCAAAGCCCCUCCUGAACUUGCACUUUGAACACCUGUUGUCCACAUGAACUUUUCCCCAAACCACUAGAAAGUGACAGAGGUGACUUACAAAAGUAAUUCACAUUUUUAAGCUUAAUUUCGACUAUUUAACAUUUUCUAACAAACUUUUGGUAAAGAAUGCGAAACAGGUGGUUUUAAGUUGCAACAACGGUGAGAAGUUCCUGACGAAGGAAGGGAUGUGGCUACUAGUUAAUGUUUGUUACAAUUUGGUUAGAACGAGUUGACUACAGAUUGCCCUAACGUGCUGUGAAAGAAAAACUACAUUUUGGCUAAACCAAAUGUUAUUCCACCGCAGACUAUUGAUUAAAAGAGCUGUGUAUUGUUCGUGCAGCGAUGGCCUGAUAAAGGCUAUUGGACUUGCGAGCACCAUUGAUAUCCAAUAUGCAAGGUGCUCGUUUGAUGAAGUAAUCGAUGCAACUGGCAUGUGUCAUUCCAGGCAAGUAUCGGUGCAAUACACCACCCUGGACAAUCGGGGAGGUAGAUCUAGGCGUGCACGAAGGUGUAAACAUGGUUUGUGCUAUCUGGGAUCCUUAACCAUAGCCCUUUCCCAAUGCUAAACUUAACCCGUACCAUUUUAAAUGUACAUUUCAAUGGUGUGGGACGCCCCAAGGAUCCCGGAUAGCAAGGGCCAUGUAAACAUGCAACCUUGGCCACGUUUAUUUGUCAAACGUUGUCGAACGAUGCAGAUAGAAAUGCCAUGAAUAGGGCUGAUGUUAUUCCUUAUUCUACAAGUCAGAGCACAGGAGGUGGGUGGCACAUUAAUAGGGGAGGACGGGCUCGUGGUAAUGGCUGGUGCGGAAUCAGUGGACUGGUAUCAAACACAUGGUUAUGAGCCGUUCUCCCUCUGCCGCCUCCUGUGUGUCAGAGAGCCAUGUUUGGCCGACCUGGCAUAUUUUAAUGUUGCAAAAUGUUUGGUCCUGCCGAAUGCUCCCCUGUUCUAUUGAGACAAAUAUUUGAAUCAUUGGUUUGGUGUUCUAUCAUGUAGAGAAUUAGGUUUUGUAGAAAUGCAGCCAUGCUCUGUGUAUUAUUACGUUUCAGGACUGGUUGAUGCACACACCCACCCCGUAUGGGCUGGAGACAGGGUGCAUGAAUUUGCCGUGAAGAUAAAUAUGACUUCCAUGGGUCCUGUCCCCUCUGCCUCAACAGCUUGUAAUAUGACUUCCAUGGGUCCUGUCCCCUCUGCCUCAACAGCUUGUAAUAUGACUUCCAUGGGUCCUGUCCCCUCUGCCUCAACAGCUUGUAAUAUGACUUCCAUGGGUCCUGUCCCCUCUGCCUCAACAGCUUGUAAUGCGACUCACCUUUUAGAGUAAAAGUAAAGGUUUAUAUGGCAUUUACACAAGCAGCCCAAUUCUGAUAUUUUUCCCACAAAUUGGUCUUUUCACCAAUCGCAUCAGAUUAUUUCACAUGAGAUCUGUUUCAGAGGUGAUCUGAUUUUUUUUUUUAUAAGACCAAUUAGUGAAAAAAGAUCAGAAUUGGGAUGCCUGUCAAAAUGCCCCCCCCCCCCCCCCAUCCACCACAAAUCCAUGGCUCUCUCCCCUUAUCAAUGCCACCCACAUGUAAUCGCUUCUCUGCACUCAACACUUUCCAAGCUUAGUUGCACCCACUAUUUACCUUCCUCCUAUAACCAUUAACUUCUGGUGUAGCCCCUCUAAACCUCAGCACUCCAUCUUUUGAUAUGAAUAAGUAUAUUUCCUAUUCUCAGAACCCAACAUGUCCAUCUCACUUAACCAUUCCUGCAUUGUGUGUGUGUGUGUGUUUUUUCUCUCUGGUGGGGUAGAGCUCGGUGCCUUGGCUAUCAGUCACCUGGAGGAUGUGACCGAUGAUGGCAUUGCUGCCAUGGCGACAGCGAAGACCACCACCGUCCUGCUCCCAACCACCGCUUGCAUCCUGCGGGUACCCCAGCCGCAGGCCCGAGACAUGCUGGAGGCUGGGGUCAUUGUUGCCCCGAGGAGUGACUUCAACCCUAAUGCCUACUGUUGCUCUAUGGUGGGUACCAGAGGACGGGGGGUGGAGGUGGUGAUGCACCUGGCGUGUGUCAACAUGAGGAGGUCCAUGCCCGAGUCUUUGGCCGCCCUCGCCAUCAACGCAGCCUACGCCCUGGGCCGCUCUCACACGCACGGCUCCCUGGAGGUCAACAAACACGGCGACCUGCUGGUCCUCAACGCAUCACGGUUUGAGAUCUUCUGACCCUUGGUUCCUCUCAUUCUUCAGCUCUACACCCCUCCCCUUCAUGUCUCAUUGCUGAGGUUGCAGGAGAGUUAGUAAAAUGAACACAGGCCAGUUGAGUGAAUCAUUAGUGAGGAAGCUCAGCCUGUAGAACAUGGUACUAUCUGCCAGCUGAACUGAUCAGGCAUACCAGUAGUGUUGCAAGGGGACAGUGCUCAGUAUGAUCCAGUAGUGUUGCACCAACCAUCUUUGUGUGGCAACCACUCCCCUUGACUCAGUCCCAAUGGGCAACCAUGAGCCAGCAACAGGGUUUGAACCUACAACCCUGUGCUUAUGGGAUAAUAUCCUUACACCAGAGCCACCGACUUCUUCACCCUCCCCUCUGUAUGUUUGGCAUGAGGAAUUGUUUGAAACGUACAUAAAAGCACAAGAGAUGAGGUUUGGACCCAUAACCUCUAGGUAGGACAAGCUCGGGGAGUGGAACUGACCUUCCACAGAUUUGCAUUAUUUUCCAGAUAACGCAGAGCCACUAGUUGAUUAUCCCUUUUAUUAAACCAGGGCUAUCAUUUGACACGUUUGCUGCUUCAACAUCCACUGAAGUUGCUUACAAGUUUACUAGAUAGCGACAGUAGUUGCCUUGGUAAACAAAGAAACAGACUUGCUAGUUUAGCUUACCAAACCAUCAGUUCUAGCUUGCUGUUAUGAAUUUUAAUAAAAAAAUGGCAGUGGUUUCAAUUAAUUGUUAUUUAUUUUUGCAGCUCAAACAUGUAUUGAACUACAGCAAUUGAGCUGUCAUGACACAAGUCUGAUAUUGAGUUGCUAAACUUGAAGUGUAAGAGUUAAGGUUUGAACUCAACCACGGUGGUGCAAGGGGGGGGCUUUUUUCUUGCUCUUUGUAUGUUUGACAUUAAUAGAUGCAGAAAUCUACACAAGUGUAAAGUUGAGAUUUAAACCCACAAACUCAAGGUUAUGAGACAGGGGUUCUAACCAUUGAGCCACAAAAUCCUGCACGUUCUCUCUUGAACAUACAACCUCAGAAUCAUGAGGCAGACUUCUGUAAUAUUCUGCAGAACGAGGUGGCAUUGUUUCUACUGGGGAACUCCUGUAACAGUUUCUAGAUGACGGCGAUAGUUCACUCCUGUAACAGUUUCUAGAUGACGGCGAUAGUUCACUCCUGUAACAGUUUCUAGAUG